CAGCUGUCGGUCGAUAAUUUCUUACCAUACUUGCCCCUCUGGUUGCCCCUGGUGUACCUUGACAAGUUGGCGGGCACGAAGCCGUCGAAUGAAAGGAACGUAAAUAGAGCAGAGAAGCUCCAGUCUCUCUUGGAGACGUUGACACUCCAGGUUUUCUUACUGCCCACAACCACUGCACAAUCACCUCUUUCCUUACGCGAGAUUGGGCACAAGAAGCAGACGAGCGGUACUACGCAAUCACUGUCGCUUCUAGACUUUCAAUUGCUUCUUCCCUCUAAUCUACCUCACAAACACAAAAAUUGUCUGCCAUGAAGGUCAUCCUCGCCAUCAACGCCGGCUCCAGCUCCGUCAAGAUAUCCGUCUAUCUGGCCGACAAGAGGACGGCGCCGCGCCAGAUUGCCGAGUCUCAAGUGAGCGGCCUCACAGCUCCGCCAGCUAAGCUGAAAUACUCGCGGGGUGGUGAGACCGUUAUCAAAGAGCAAAAUGUGGACAAUGCCGUCAACAGCCAGGACGAUGCCUUUGCCUUGCUGCUCAAGACACUGGAAGAUGAUGCUCAGUUGAAAGAGAUCAGCUCCAAGUCAGACGUGGCCAUUGCAUGCCACCGCAUCGUCCAUGGAGGCGACUAUAAAGAGUCCCAACUCAUCACCCCAGACACGUACCACCAUCUAGAGGUCCUCAGCGACCUUGCUCCCUUGCACAACGGUGCCGCGCUGGGCAUCGUGGACUCGUGCAUAAAGCAGCUCCCCGGCGCCAUCAACGUUGCCUGCUUCGACUCCCAGUUCCACUCGACAAUACCGCCGCACAUCUCCACGUACCCGAUCGACCCGACAAUAGCCAAGAAGAACCGGCUGCGCAAGUACGGUUUCCAUGGCAUCAGCUACGCCUUCAUCUCCAGGUCGGUUGCCGACUACCUCGGCAAGAGCCUGGACGAGCUCAACAUCAUUGCUUUGCAUCUCGGCAGCGGAGCCAGCGUCUGUGCGAUCAAGGGCGGCAAGAGCUGGGACACCAGUAUGGGCUUGACUCCGUUGGCCGGGCUUCCUGGCGCCACCCGCAGUGGCAGCGUAGAUCCUAGCUUAGUAUUUCACUAUGCCAGCGACGUGGGCAAACUCUCGCCCGCUGCCACUGAAAAGCUGCACAUCUCCAAGGCCGAAGAAAUCCUCAACAAGCAGAGCGGCUGGAAGUCUCUGACGGGCACCACAAACUUUGGCAUCAUUGCUUCCUCGGACGAGCCUCAGCACCGCCUCGCCUUUGACCUGUUCGUAGACCGCAUUUGCGGCUUCUUGGGGAGCUACUACGUCUCUCUGAGAGGUCAGGUGGACGCAAUCGUGUUCGCGGGAGGCAUUGGCGAGAAGAGCGCCCGACUUCGCAGCGCCGUGGUGGAUCAGGCCAGCUGCCUGGGCUUUGCGAUUGAUGAUGCGAAGAACAAUGCUGAGGGCGAUGCAACGGUGUGGGAUGUGGGCAGCAAGGACUCGAAGCAACGCGUCCUCGUAUGCCAGACGGAUGAGCAGUUUGAGAUGGCCAGAGACUGCACAGAAAUGGACGCGCUUUGGCAAUAAACUGAUUUGAGUUUCGAAGCGGUUUCCCCUCGGAUGGUGGUAGAUGGCUAGAGAUAGAACA